UAACAAAUAAUAAAUAGAUUUUUGUUUUUAAAAUUUAUUUCUUUUCUAGCAUGUCUUAUUUUUGGACUUAUUUAUUUAUUAAUUAAACCAUUUCAAAGAGGUUUCUAUUGUGAUGAUGCAUCAAUUCAAUAUCCAUAUAAACUAGAUACAAUUCCUAUGUGGUUACUUGGAGUUUAUGGAGGCAUUGGUCCUGUUGUUAUUGUAAGUAUAAAUAUAGAAUUACAAUAUGAUAAAUAUGUACAAGAAUCUUCCUCGAAAUGUAUAAUAGUGUGUGAAGUCAAAUUGAUAUUAAUAAAUUUUGUGGAACUCACAUAUAUUUUCGAAGAAAAUAGUGAGUGUAAGUUUUAAGUUCGAGUUUUUAGGGCUACCCCUCCCCUCCCCCCCCCCCCCCCCCCCCCUUCCAAGCCCUUAA